AAGCAAUGUAGGUAUUCUCCCAACCUGUAUAAAACCCUCUGAUGUCUUCUCCAAAAAAUCAUCUAACAAUUCAAUGUUCACAUUCCAUCCCAUUGCAACACCUGUCUUGCACAAUGGACGUCCUACUCGAUAUCUGCGACACCUUCGUCUUUGACCGGCUAUAUGCCACCGUCUUACCAGUAAAAGCCUUCAUCAGCAAUGACACUCUACACGAUGUAGGCAAUCAAGCAUACAACAAACAGGUCCAACUAUACUAUCCUCUACAACCAUCUCAAUGGGCUUCAUCCAGCUCCUGGAGCCGAGACUACCUCCCUCGACAGGCUUUGUCCUUGUUCCUCAUAACAUGGCUCUUCGGCAUAUCCAUGUACCUCCUCGGCAGUACCCUCCUCUACUACACAAUCUACAACAAACAACUACUCAAACACCCCAAAUUCCUGCGCCAGCAAAUCCGUCAAGAAAUCCGACAAAGUCUCCUCGCAAUGCCCAUAAUGGCCAUCCUAACCGUACCGUUUUUUCUCGCUGAAAUCCACGGUUACACAAAACUAUACGACUUCAGCCCUGACCCUGCCCUCCAGAUACCAUUUGGCAUCUCCGGCAACGUAUACAAAUACAUCCAAUACCCAUUCUUUAUCCUCUUCACAGAUACGGGUAUAUACUGGAUUCAUCGAGCCAUACAUCAUCCUUUAAUCUAUCGGUUUGUCCACAAAAGACAUCAUAAAUGGAUCGUGCCUACCCCCUAUGCAAGUUAUGCUUUCAACCCUGUUGAUGGAUGGCUGCAGAGUUUGCCCUAUCAUAUUUUCCCGUUUGUGUUUCCGUUGCAGAAGGGUGCUUAUUUGGGAUUGUUUGUGUUUGUGACUGUUUGGACGGUUUUGAUUCGUAAGUUUUUCCUCUUUACUUCCAAUAUUUUAGAGGGUUUGUUGCUGAUGGUGGUGGUAGAUGAUGCGGAAUAUCUGUCGUAUUCAAAGCUCAUCAAUGGUGCAGCGUGUCAUACCAUGCAUCACCUCUAUUUUAAUUAUAAUUAUGGACAGUUUACGACGUUUUGGGAUCGGGUUUGUUGGACUUAUCAGACGCCGAGUGAGAAGGGUAUGAUCGUCGAUGAGGUCGAAAAGGAGAAGAAGAAGAAGACUAGGUAGAGGUCGGAAAUCGCGCCCGAGAGCUAUGUACUUUCUUUCCUGGCUGAGCUUGUACAUUACUUUCAUAUUGAAGAUUUCCUUCCCCUAGCAGAUAGAAUAAACUCAUUCAACUUCCCC